CCGAUAUUAAAUUCCCCGCCGUGCGUGACGGAGCCGUAUGCUUUUAGCUUUGCUACCCUGCCGGGCCGCUGGCUGCUAUAUCAGGUGCCCGGGGGUGCUGGAGUGCGACGCCGAUGUGACGCGGCUACAGUGCUUGGCGACACCGGCCGGGCAAGCAGGCAGGCAGAGGCAGCCCUCCUCGCAUCCGCUCAUCAUCAUCAUCGUCAUCUAUCCCCUCGUCCCCCGUGUCCUCUUCGCGCUCCCGGCCCCCGGCCGCUUCCGGGUUUCGGCUCCGCGUUUGGCUGCUGGCUGGCUAGCUCCUUCUCGAGCGAGCUCUGAUCCGUGCUCGCUAGAGCUAGCUGAGGUUGAAGCGAGAGAGGUGGUUCGGGUGAUGCAGCCGUUGCUUAUGGGGUGGGGGAGGCCGAGGUGGUGGAGGGGGGAGGGGGAGGUCCGCGCGGAGGCUCGGCGCCGUCGCAUGCGCCUUCGUGGUAGCGGCGGCCCUCGUCGUCGUCUCCCUCUGCUUUGUCGGCGCCGCGCUUGUUUCGGAUCCCCGGAGGAAGACGGAGGAAGCAGCGGCGGUAGGAGCCCAUCCCGGUGCUCAGGCGGUGACCGAGUGGAUGCAGGUGCAGGAGCCGGCGGUCCGCUACGGCGGCCGGCGGCUGCUGUCGGGCGGUCCGGGGUCGCACCCGCCGCGGUGCACGUCCAAGUGCGGCAGCUGCAGCCCCUGCUACCCGGUGCACGUGUCCGUGCCGCCGGGGGUGCUGGUCACCACCGAGUACUACCCGGAGGCGUGGCGGUGCAAGUGCCGGAACCAGCUCUACAUGCCGUGAUGAGCGCGGCUCGCCGUCACAAGGCCCGGCCCGUUCGGUGCGUGAGCAAACAAGCAAACCCCCAAGAGCGCGCGCAGGAGACGAGGACGACUGGCACGGCAUGAACCACGGCGCCUGGCCGGCGAUCCCGACGCCGGCGCACGCGCCGAGCCCGAGCGCAGCGCCGCCCGUGCGCGUGCCCGCGUGGGCCACGCACGAGUCCUGUGGCACGGGUGUGCGUGUGCGUGCCUUGGACCGGCGCGGCGGUGCGCGCGAGGCCGCGCGUGGUGGUGGCCUACUGCGGCCGGCGGGGCAGGAGGGGACGGGCGCGGCCUGCUGCAGCGCGUGUCCGCGAGCCGCGCUGCCGUGUAGCGCGCUCGGCCGCUCGCGGUGCCCGCCCCCGCAUCGCUGCGGAUCGGGCAGUCCGCCGCGCGCGGCCCUACCACGAGGCGCGCACGGCGGGGGAGGCAGAGGGGCAGGGCGCCCCCGUGGUAAAGAAAGCUGCGGCUGUGUUUACCCUGGCGCACUGUUCAUAAUGUCCAUAUGAUUUUGUCUAUGCCUUUCUCGGCCAGUCAAAAAAAAAUCAUUUUCUUUUUCUCCUCCA